GCUGAGGCACUCACCACCAGUAACAAUUUAUCAGGCUUAAGAGAGUGGAACAAAUCGUGGAUGUAAAAGUAUGGAGGCAUCUCCUCAGUCCACUAUUAAUCCAUCCAAUUUCCUGCCAGGGUAGACUUUCUUCCAUUUGCGCUUCUCCUUUGGGGUCAGUCUACAGCAGCAGUACCCUCAGUUUCUUCUGGAAACUUCCCGGCUUACAGCCCCAGAGAGACAGGUUCUCUCCCGCUGUGUGGUUAAUAAAACUGGUAGGCCAGCCAGCUUCCUUCUGGUUGCCACGGAAACCACCAGGCCACUGGCCCUCUGGAAACGGAAAAGAACAGCAAGUGAGAGACCACGAGACCACGCAUUCCACCCCGGCUUGCAGAUGAACCCAGCUGUCCAGCCAGGGUGAAGGAUCAGUGGCCAGGGACGAGAUCCGCAGGCUGCAGAUGGGAGAGACAAGGCCCGGCGGCGCAGCCGCGAGACAGACACCACAAGAGGGAGCAUCAUCGAUUAUACGCCUGGCCAGUCACUCAUUUUCCCCAGGUGACUUCCACCGAACUGGCUCAUGAAGGAGAAACAGGAACACACCAGUCCAUGCUGGACAAGAAUGACGCCGCCUUCCAGCCUCUGCCUGCUUCUGCUUGGUGCACUGGGCAUCUUUGCACUUGGCCGCUUCACAAAAGGUCAGAAGAACAGCACGCUGAUCUUCACAAAGGGAAAUACCAUUCGGAACUGCAGCUGCCCUGUAGACAUCAGAGACUGUGACUACAGUUUGGCCAACUUGAUGUGCAGCUGUAAAUCUGUCCUUCCUUUCGCCAUGAAGCAAACCAGCUAUCAUGACCAGCUGACCAUCUGGUUCACAGAUACGUCCACAUUGGGCCACCUGCUGAAGUUCACUCUGGUCCAAGACUUGAAGCUUUCCUUGUGUGGUUCCAACACCCUCCCUACCGAGUACCUGGCUAUCUGUGGGCUAAAGAGGCUUCGCGUCAAUGCUGAGGCCAAGCAUCCCUCCCGGGAGCAAAGCUUGCUCAUCCACAACAGAAGGGAAGGCGGUUCCUUGUACAAAGGUUGGCAAACAUGUAUGUUCAUCUCACUCUUAGAUGUGGCUCUUUUCAACAGGGACUCAUCUUUAAAGUCAUACAGUAUUGAUAACAUUUCUAGCCUCACCAGUGACUUUCCUGACUUUUCUUACUUUAAAGCUUCCCCAAUGCCAAACAACAAAAGCUAUGUUGUUACCAUCAUCUACUAGCACCCACCCACCAGGAACUCUCAGAAACCGACGGACCAUUUGAAGAAGGAGUCUGGGGAGAAGGCCAUGAGACAGGUGUGUUUAUUCCGUCUCUCAGCCUCCAUUUACAACAAAGCCACACCCAAGAGCAGCCGGUUUCCUCUGCUCCGCUUCCAAUGCGGGGAGCUCUUUGAGUCCUGAGACAUGUCCUGGGGGCCAGCGCGAAGCUAGGUCUUUAUAACUGUCAGCCUGAGGAGAGAUGCCAGGCCAGAAGGGAGAGAGCAGUGCACACCGGGCACUAUUUAUUGGAGCCCAGUGUAGGCAUGGCCCCAAGGAAGGGAUCUUUUCUCAGAAUACAGUAAUCCUUCCUUAUCUGUGUGGGUACAUUCCAGGACCCUGAUGAUGCCUGAUUGAGCCAACAGCACUAAACCCUGUGCCUAUUGUUUUUUACCUAAAUGUAAGAGACGUGUGACAAAAUCUAACUUAUAAAUUAAGAUCACUGUGGGACUAACAAAAAUUGUAGCAUACUGUAAGAAAGUUAUGCAAACAUGCUUUCACACACUAUUACAUAGUAUUCACUCUUUCCAAGACGAUGGCUUCUCUUUGGCAUAGCAUUGCGGCUUUGCGUGUGAUGGCAAUUAUGGAGUAAAACAUGGACUUCUGAAUACUAACAUGGUAGUCACAAUAGUCGGUUUAAUAACAGAGACAAGCCACUGAGUGCCUGAUGGUUGGGAGUGUAUAUAGUGUUCCUGUGACAGGCAAGGGGAUGAUUCACGUCCCAGGUGGAAUGGGCAGGAAUACAUUCUUCACACUCCUCAGAACAACUCAAAGUUGACUUCUGACUUCUAAGUGAAACUACAGAUCAGGGACCACUGUGCCUUUUUUCCUUUUCUUCUUCAUUUUGUGACAUGGCCUGGAAUUCCCUGAGUCAAAAAUGAUAGAUUUCAGAGGUUUGAGGACCUAAAUUCCUCUAAAUGACAAAUUCUCUCAGGCCGAUAUUUUCCAAAUAGUUGUGAAGAACAAAUGCAUUGAGAAAUUGGCAUUUUAAAAGUGUAUUUAUGGAUAAUGGAAAAGUAGAAUGUCAAGGACUGGGUGGAACCUUAACACUAAAGAAUGCUUUGGGGUUCUAAGAGAGGGCACAUGAGUGAAAAUACACCAGACAACCACACACUUAACCUCAAACUUUUGCACAAAGUGCUGCUCCAGGCAAGGUUCUUUUCUGGUCGUCCGCCCCCCCCCCCUUUCACAGAGCACAGGCUGGACAAGGCUCUCCGGUCCCCCCCUCCCUUUCACAGAGCACAGCCUGGACAAGGCUCUCUGGUCCCCCCUUUCACAGAGCACAGCCUGGACAAGGCUCUCUGGUCGUCCCCCCCUUUCACACAGCACAGGCCGGACAAGGCUCUCUGGUCGUCCCCCCUUUCACAGAGCACAGCCUGGACAAGGCUCUCUGUUCCCCCCCCCCCUUUCACAGAGCACAGCCUGGACAAGGCUCUCUGGUCCCCCCUUUCACAGAGCACAGCCUGGACAAGGCUCUCUGCCCCCCCUUCACAGAGCACAGGCUGGACAAGGCUCUCUGGUCCCCCCCCUUUCACAGAGCACAGCCUGGACAAGGCUCUUUGGUCCCCCCCCCCUUUCACACAGCACAGCCGGACAAGGCUCUCUGGUCCUCCCUUUCAUGUCCUCUACUUUGGUUCGAGCAUCUUUGUUCCCUCUAUACCCUGACCCCUGUCUCUUAUCAUUUUCCCUCCCAUCCUUCUCACUCUUGCUCCAGAAAUCAGAACUUUGGUUACUGUCAGGAGAACUGUUAAGCCACAUUAUGGAUAGCUUGGGGAUCUAACAAUCACUUCUAAUGUGAUGCUCAAAUUAUAAAGAUUUAAUUUUAAAAUGAAAUUUUGGUCCUGAGUCCAUCUGGAAGCUUAAGAUGAGAAAGUAAAGAUACUUCAUAGUUAACACAAAUUCAUUAUACUUUGAUAAAAGGAACCAGAGCAACUAAAAUUAACUAAAUUGGUUCACCAUUACACAAAGAAAAGUUUCCCUUAUAGAGACUCAAUUUACCAUUGAUGUGCAAUAUUUUUAAAUGCCCAUGGUUCAAAGCUCAAGAGCAUGUGCUGCUCUUUCAGAGGCCACGAGUCCAGUCUCCAGCAUCUGCACUGGUUUGCUCACAGCCAUCUGUGGGCUCCAGCUCCAGAGGAGCCAACAGGAACUUGUACAUAUGUCACAUAUGUCACACACACACACACACACACACACACACACACACACACGAAUAAGAACUAAAACAAACCAUUUAAAACCCAUGCCAGUAGUGAUACAAAUGUCUGAAUUUAGAAUAAAACAAAGUGGAAACAUUUCUGAAUUCAUGAUACCAUAAUGGUAAGAAAUAAUUUUACUGUAAGAUCACAAGUUAGUCACAUUUAUCAUAUUUUUUCCAUCUUAACCUUAACAUAAAGUAACUCAACCUGAAAUUUCUACAUUUGCAUAAUUGACAAGGGAUUUGGCCAUUCAGACUAAUUAAUAUGGGUCCACAAGGUCAGCAUUUAAAUUAGGCCAAACAAAGUCUAAACUACAGAUUUUAAUAGAAAAUGUCAUGGCCUCAUUACUGAUAUAGUUCAGAGGCAACAUUAAAAUGAGGAAAAGACAAAGAGUUGGUAAAGAAAAAAAAGAGAAGGCAAGAAAAAUGAUAAAUUCUAUGUCUUUACCAUCGCUACUGAAUACAUUACAAACUGAAUUUGGAUGGAAACCUAUUAACAAUGUAUGAAAAAGUGAAGUUAGAAAUUACAUGUGCCCAUAAAGGCCUUCCAUCUGGGAGCUGCUGCUGGCCGAGAGCCAUUCACAUGUGGGUUAUGUGAUUUUUUAUGAGAACUGUUGUGGGCCACGUAGGUCGGGACCAGCAGUUUGUCACCUGCAGCCAGCUGGUUCAGGGUUAGCUAUCAUUUUGAAGAUCAGGAAGACAGAUAUCUUCCU